CUUUGCAGUCUGGGCAAAGGAAACAAGGGUCCUUGGGGUGGGCGAGUGGCCGGGCUGGGGAUGCCCGAGCAGAUGUGGAGGCAGCUGGAAAGGUGGCUCUGCACUUGGGUCGCUGGAGCCGCCGCUGUUCCUAGGAGACGACGAGCAGCAUGCCUGCGGGGGAGGGGGAGCAAGUGGGUUGCUGCUUUUAGCAGCUGAAAGGGCUGCAGGGAGCUCUGGGUAAGACAUUUUCUGCUGCUGCUGCUCUGCUGCUGCUGCUGGUGCUGCGGUAGAAGCUGCCGGGAGUAAGUCAGGGGAAGGAGGAUCCAGAGGGAGGAGGCUUCGUUUGCAGCCAUGCUGAAUCACUGUUGCUGAUCAGAUCUCCCGCUGGUUGGCUCCCGGACGGAGCUCGGAUCUCAGGGUGAAUGCACAGCUCUGCGGCUACCAACUCGGCCGGGCCUCGCACAAUGGAGGGUGAAAGCAUCAAACCGAGCCCCCAGCCCCUGAUACAGGCUGGAGAUGAUGAGAAGAACCAGAGGACCAUCACUGUCAACCCUGCCCACAUGGGGAAGGCGUUCAAAGUUAUGAAUGAACUGCGGAGUAAGCAGCUGUUGUGUGACGUGAUGAUUGUGGCCGAAGAUGUCGAGAUAGAAGCCCACCGUGUGGUCCUGGCAGCCUGCAGCCCCUACUUCUGUGCGAUGUUCACAGGUGACAUGUCUGAGAGUAAAGCUAAGAAGAUUGAAAUCAAAGAUGUCGAUGGGCAGACACUUAGUAAGCUGAUUGACUACAUCUACACUGCUGAAAUUGAGGUGACUGAAGAGAAUGUCCAGGUGCUGCUCCCAGCGGCCAGCUUGCUGCAGCUCAUGGAUGUUCGACAGAACUGCUGUGACUUCCUGCAGUCUCAGUUGCAUCCCACCAACUGCCUGGGCAUCCGUGCAUUUGCAGACGUGCACACUUGUACCGACCUUCUGCAGCAGGCAAACGCUUAUGCAGAGCAGCACUUUCCAGAGGUGAUGCUGGGGGAAGAAUUUCUUAGCCUAAGUCUGGACCAGGUGUGCAGCUUGAUAUCCAGUGACAAGCUGACCGUUUCUUCAGAAGAGAAGGUGUUUGAAGCUGUAAUUUCGUGGAUCAAUUAUGAGAAAGAAACCCGAUUAGAACACAUGGCAAAGCUGAUGGAGCAUGUCCGGCUCCCUCUCUUACCUAGGGACUAUCUAGUUCAGACAGUCGAAGAAGAAGCUUUGAUAAAGAAUAACAACACCUGUAAAGACUUCCUGAUCGAGGCCAUGAAAUACCACCUGCUCCCUUUGGAUCAGAGGCUCUUGAUUAAGAACCCAAGGACCAAGCCCAGAACUCCAGUAAGCCUGCCCAAGGUCAUGAUCGUGGUCGGUGGGCAGGCUCCCAAGGCCAUCCGCAGUGUGGAGUGCUAUGAUUUCGAGGAGGACCGGUGGGACCAGAUCGCCGAGCUUCCAUCCAGGAGAUGCAGAGCAGGGGUGGUGUUCAUGGCUGGCCACGUGUACGCCGUGGGCGGGUUUAAUGGCUCCCUACGAGUGCGGACCGUGGACGUGUACGACGGUGUGAAGGACCAGUGGACAUCCAUCGCCAGCAUGCAGGAGCGCAGGAGCACGCUGGGUGCAGCCGUCCUCAAUGACCUGCUCUACGCCGUGGGGGGAUUUGAUGGCAGUACUGGCCUGGCAUCGGUGGAAGCCUACAGCUACAAGACCAACGAGUGGUUCUUUGUGGCCCCGAUGAACACGCGGCGGAGCAGUGUGGGUGUGGGCGUCGUGGAGGGAAAGCUAUAUGCCGUUGGGGGCUAUGACGGGGCUUCCCGCCAGUGCCUGAGCACCGUGGAGCAGUACAACCCAGCGACCAACGAGUGGACGUACGUGGCGGACAUGAGCACCCGCCGCAGUGGUGCAGGGGUUGGGGUUCUCAGCGGACAGCUGUAUGCCACUGGUGGGCACGAUGGGCCCUUGGUGAGGAAGAGCGUGGAGGUGUACGAUCCUGGAACAAACACUUGGAAGCAGGUGGCAGACAUGAACAUGUGCCGGCGCAAUGCAGGGGUCUGUGCCGUGAACGGGCUGCUGUAUGUGGUUGGAGGGGAUGAUGGGUCCUGCAACCUGGCUUCGGUCGAGUACUACAAUCCUGUCACUGACAAAUGGACGCUGCUGCCAACCAACAUGAGCACGGGACGGAGCUACGCAGGUGUUGCUGUGAUUCACAAGCCCUUGUGACCCCCAACUCUCACUGCCAGGAGGUGGAGGAAGGGAGGUGCCAUCUGUGACUCGGAACAGCAGGACCCUGCGGCUGGACACCCUUUGCUGUGAGAGCAGGCAGUGCACGCGGCGGAGCGAGAAGCACCCUCCUCCAUCUUGGCAGGGUGGUGACUGGCAUACAUACUGAUGCCCACCUCCUGUCCCCUGAGGUGUUUUGGCCUCUGCCCCGAGCAGUGGGUUCAUCAUAGCUCUGGGCAGCACCUUUGGGAUUUUUAUGUGUUUCUACAGAAACAACAGAUAACCUGGAUCGUGUGUGUGUGUGCGUGUGUGUGUGUGUGUGAAAGAGUGUGUGUGUGAUGGUGUUUCACUGAGUUGGGGGGCAUGACAGUUCUACUGGAUUUCCUUACUACUGAUCCCUCUGCUAUGCUAAAAUUCAAAUCACAGAAACCUCUCUGGAUUUGCCCAUGGGGCCCGUGAGACUACUAACGCAUCUUCUGGAAGUCCAGUUGGACAGGGAAGGCCUAGAAGUAAUGGGUGAGAAGGGCAGUCCUCUGACCAUGCCACACCCUGGCCUGCCUUCCAGCACCACCUGCAGAGGAGCUGGGCGUUCUAGCGGCCACGCUGUGCCCUGUGUGUACUAGAGCUAGGAACGAACGGGUGAAUUCCCCAGCCCCUCCUGGGCUCCCUUCCUCAGGCUUUCCUCCAGGAAGCGGGUGAACUGUCCAGUCUCCUGGCCACUGCUUGUUCAUGUCAUGCAUUGCAGGUUUGGGAGAUUUUGUGCCUCUUCAGCUGAGAAAACUAGCUCUUCGAAGAAAUCCUGAGGAACACACUGGAGAAAAAGGAUAGAUAUGAAAAGCAAAAACAGCAAACCAAAGUGGUAAGGAUUUAGUCCUUGCCCAUACCCAUCUCAGAGAGGAUGCUAUUUGUGGGAUUUCCUGGGAUAGGAGAGUCCCCUAAGUACUUGCUGCCCAGGCCAACUCUCAGAAGGGUGCUCAUUUGGAGGAUAACCCAAACCCGAGCGUCGCAUGGCAUGGUUCCGUGUGUGGCUCGGGUGGGCAGGGAUGACUUUGAAGGGGUACAUUGCUCAGGGCCGGCCCUGGGCUUGGCACUUUGUGACUCUGGUCAAGCCUUUCUGAAAUCCUUGUCUUCUGCGCCUUGUGCUCUCCCUGUCACAGCGCCUGUCACCCCUCUCCAGCCUCCAUAUCACCCCCUCUUCCUGGCUUCUCCUGUGGUGGAGGAGAUGGUGAUAGGCCCUGGAUGUGUGAUCUCUCAGGGGUAUGUGCUUUUUAGAAAAAGAGCUUGAUGAGAACUUUAUUAAUUCACAAGAGAAAUUAUUACUGACAGAACUUCAAGAAUCUGGAGGCAGGGGUGGGGACAUGAGGGCUGUGGAUUCUAUUUGCAUUAAAAAAAAAAAGAAACUUAAAACAGUGCUGUUCUGAGGUUAGCCAGCUGUUGUUUAUGUGGCUGUUUUCAGCAUAAGGAGGGGAAAUCUUAAGUCUGGAGGACAGUCUCAUAAUGUCAAGAGCUGGGGUCUAACCUCCUCUGAUGUCAAGCUCCACUUGGGGACCAAGGGGCUUAAUGAGCCCCAGCGCAGCCAGCUACGUGCAGGUGGAUGCUGCAGUGAGCUGCGUCCCUCCACUCAGCCCCCAUGUUAGGAACCCACGAGCCUCUGCAGACAGCACACAGGUACUUUGUGUUCUUACUGUAUGUUUAUUGUGUGCACUAAACAUGCCCCCCAAGAGGACACUUCUUCCAACUCGAGGCGUUAUUUCAGCAGGACAUUUGAGGAACACCCAGACAUUUUAGUAGUUUCUGGAAAAUACCCAGCUUUAGUGGACCUGGAAUAAAGUCUCUGAAGGAAUGAAGACAUGCACAGAUGUGGGGGCCGCAGUCUCCUAGGGCACUGGAGAUUACUGCCUCAGGUCUCUGGCCCAAACCUGGACCCAGAGCCGAUGGAAUGUUCUUCCCCCCUCGCUGAAGGUUAAGGACUUUAUUUCAGCGUGCGCGGUGGGGAGGAAGUUCGAGGCGAGGGCCAAUGCGUGCUCUUUACACAGCUCCUGGUUUCCCAUGAAAGGUCACUUCCCUGGGCCCUUGCCCAACCCCUCGAAACUGGACUUCCAUGCUUGUGGGGGGAAGGCCCUUGUUAGUAAGUCAUUUUCCCAGAAGGGACCCUCCCCUGAAAGCUCGCUAGCCUGCUGUGCUCUGCUUUUGGGUUUUUGCCAUGGGUUCCACAUUCCCGUGUUUUUCAUCGUCAUGCGUCCUUUCUCACGGGGACUAGAACACUGGUAUACGUCAUACCAAAAAGCCCACAGAUGCCAUCAAACCCGCCGUCUCUUUAUUACUAGGUACGAUUCUCUCUCAAUCCUGCACACAGCACACUUACUUUGAAGUCUGUGCUGCUUACAGGGCCGGUGAACCCCUGCCCUGGCCCCCGUCCUUCACCCCUAAUUCAUGUGGCCACAACUGCUUGUGAAUGCAGCUUUGCCAGUGGUGUAUCUGCAAUCUGAUCACAGCGAUGAAAUGGAAUUGCAGCCCAAGGUUAGAAGCAGCUGAGACGCCACUUGGAUACUGAUUUGGAUAACAAAGAAGUCAGACUCUGAAUUCCAAAGUUAUUUCUCCUAAGUACCCAAUGGCAUCUCUCCAUCUAAAAAGUUGCAGUAUUAUGCACAUGAAAGUGACCUCAUUUUCUGCUAUGCAAUAAGAAUAUUUAAUUCUAUUUCAUGACAAACCAGUUGCAAUAUCCCCGAAGAUGCUUUUUUGAGCUGUCUUACUUUGAUUAUCUGUUGUGUAAUGUUUGUAUAUUCCUGAGCCAGAUCCUUUCAAAGAUUGCCUUUUUAUAAAACGGAAGCUAUAGCUUUCAGGCUAAAAUUUUAAUGUAGAUAUUUUUAUAAGAUAAUUUUUUCAGGAUAUUUGAAUUGCUUUUUAUUGUCCAUGAUAAUGAAAUGUUAUGUUCUGUACGUUCAUCCAGUCUCAAGCAUAAUUCAUGCUUGUUGCUCUCUUCCCUUUGUUUUUCACCUUCCCCGAACUGAUUUUCCAGGUAGACGAGUCCCUUUUACUUGGAGUCUUUUUUCCUAUACCAUUUUUGAGAGAGAUUGCAGAAAUAAAAAAUACAAAAACACUUGAAUUGCUUAGGGACUAUCAUUAAGUCUGACUCAGCACUUAUCCAUAUUUAUUGCCUGCCCACUUUGGGGGGGGUCUGCUUUUUGCAGGGGUGAGGCUGUCUAGCCCUUCUCUUGCUGGCUCUCACUGCCUGGCAAUGAGCCUGGCAUGCAGAGUGUGGAGACGCCCAGAGUGGGGCCCUCCCUCCCCUUCGUGAUCCCAGGACUUUCCUGGGUCCAGCAGACCAGUCCUGUGUCCUUCAACCCCUUGUCCUUCUGUAGCUUCUAACAGCUUAAGGCCUUUGGUGCCAGGGGAUGUCCCUUUGGGGAGCAUCUUAUCUCUCAGCUUCAAAAAAGAGGGGUCACUCUUUAUGAUCCCCAUUCAGAAUGUGUUAAGUCUUGCUUUGCAUGAGCUCACACUGUUCACUUACAACUUGUUUCUUGAGCAGUAUCUCCACUCCAGGCUCUGUUUUGUGUAUCUGCCAGUAGCCUCGUUUUGAACAAUUCUUUAUUUUUAUUAUUGUUGGGACAGGUGCAUCUUGAAUUGCCUCCGUGCUCCCUAUUUGUACCUUGUUGGAUCAAGUUGGGAGGCUGAGCAAACUCCUGUUCCAGCUAGCUGGAGUUGUUAAGGCUCUGUUUGUCUAGAAAAGCAAGGAGGUUGGAAUGUAUUUUUUUUUAAGUGUUUGCACUACUUUAAGAGUCCUAAGCCCCUCCUGUUCAGCUAUGCUGUGUAUCUACUGACAGAGCAGAAGAGCCAGCAGCGAUUCUGACAUUUGGGAACGGAAGAGGCUUCUUCCGUAGUGGACAGUCACGCCCUCAUAGCCCUGUGCAGCCUUUGUCACGGGGUUCGGUGACUUGUGGAUACGCAUCAUCCAAGACAGAACUUGGGGACUGCGGCAUCUGGACAAACAAACUGCCCACGUGUUAGGUUCUUGCCCUUGGGCAGGAGAUUACAAGUUAUCCCCCUUCCUUUUUUUAGUGGCAAUAAAGCGACACUUGUUGGACUUCUCGUUUAAUUUGUAUAUGAUGUGUAAAAUACCUUCUUCGAAAGAAAACCCAAGACACUGACUUGCUCAUCUCUGUUGGCAUCCAUGACCAUGCGGUUGUCCAUUGCAGGCACACUCGAUCCCUGACACCCCAACAAUACGGCGCAGGUGAGGGCCUUGAGUUUGUGCUUUCCACUUGGAUGCCAGGGACUGGCUGGCUCGUAACAUAACACUAGUCACAUGCCCUAUCAGUUACAGUGCGGGCUGAAGAAACAGCUCCUCAAAUGUGUUAUUUUAACAGGAAUCAUGUUCCCAUACUUUGUUACUUUAAAUUUAAUAAAAGCUGAACGUGA